ACACUAUAGCGACAGCUCUUAUAUGUUUGAAAAGGAAAAAAAAAAAAAUUCUUGAAUUGAUUUUCCAUUUCCUCUCCUCAGUUCUUAAAAGCACAUGCUUUGUGGUCUUUUCUCUAUACGCCUCCCUCUGGUAGUUUACACUUAGAAAGAGAGACAGAUCUGAGUAAAUUUUUACAGAGAAGAAAAAAAUCUUUCUUUUCUUUUUUCUUCUUCUUCUUCUCUUCAGAAAAAAAAAAAGAUUUUAUUUUAAUCAAAUUAUAAUGGCCGAAGAACCUUCUCCCACUCGCUGGUCUUUUCUGGAUUUUAAAAUGUUUUAUGAUGCCAAGUUUGGGAGGAAGAGAUUAUCUGAGCCGCAAGAUGGUCAAGCUGCUGAUACGCCCGUCUCCAAUGGAACUACUUCUACUGUCACCUCAAAUGGAAACCAUUCUGUCAAGAACACGUCUGAUAUGGCUAUUUACGAGCAGUAUCGAAACCAGUAUACAAAUUCGGUGCACUCAAAUGGUGCGGUGUCUAAUGGAUUUGAUUCAAGACCGCAAAGGUCUCUGCUUCCUGCUUUUGAAUCUGCAGAAAUGCGUGCUUUAGGAGAGAGUUUAUGUAGGGACAUUGUUCGUGGGAAUCCAGAUGUUAAGUGGGAAAGCAUUAAGGGAUUAGAGAAUGCUAAACGCUUACUUAAAGAAGCAGUUGUUAUGCCUAUAAAAUAUCCCAAGUACUUUACUGGUCUUCUUUCACCAUGGAAGGGUAUUCUCCUUUUUGGUCCCCCAGGGACAGGAAAGACAAUGCUAGCAAAGGCUGUUGCAACAGAAUGCAAGACCACAUUUUUCAAUAUUUCAGCAUCAUCUGUAGUCAGCAAAUGGCGUGGUGAUUCUGAAAAGUUAAUAAAAGUACUUUUUGACCUAGCAAGGCACCAUGCACCAUCUACCAUUUUUCUUGAUGAAAUUGAUGCCAUUAUAAGCCAGCGUGGUGAAGGACGCAGUGAGCAUGAAGCAAGUAGGCGUUUGAAAACUGAGCUACUUAUACAGAUGGAUGGUUUGACGCAGUCAGAUGAGCUCGUGUUUGUUUUGGCAGCAACAAACCUCCCUUGGGAAUUGGAUGCGGCCAUGCUCCGCCGUCUUGAGAAGCGAAUCCUUGUUCCUCUCCCAGAGCCAGAAGCUAGAAGAGCCAUAUUUGAAGAACUUCUGGCUGAACAGCAUGGUGAGGAGGCUCUUCCCUAUGAUAUAUUAGUGGAAAGGUCAGAAGGUUACUCAGGUUCAGAUAUUCGAUUAGUCUGCAAAGAAGCAGCCAUGCAGCCUUUGAGACGCUUAAUGGCAGUCCUUGAAGAUAGGCAGGAAGUAGUGCCUGAGGAUGAGCUGCCGAAGGUUGGGCCAAUUACACCUGAUGAUAUAGAAAUUGCUCUAAAGAACACAAGACCAUCAGCUCAUUUACAUGCUCAUCGCUACGAGAAGUUCAAUGCAGACUAUGGGAGUCAAAUACUCCAAUGACGGCACGCUGCUGCAUAGAUCCUUCUAAAUUGUUAGAUGAACUUUUCCAGAUUUUACAAUCAUCAAAUUCUUAUCAGUUUUUACUUAACAGUGAGUUUAUUUAUGGGAAACUAGAAUAUAUUAGCCAUGAGCAUUGAAUUGUUUUUCAUUGGUUUGACCAGGUCUAUUAACCUUUUGCUGUUGGGGCUUCUUUUGUUUCAGUUGAAAAUGAACUGGUUGAAUCAUUUACAAUUAUGUAUUAUAAAUCUAUAUUUACAUAUGUUAUCGUCACGGAAAAAUUGUGGGCAAAGCUUUUUCUUAUUAUUUCGGAGAUUGUUGAAAUAAUAAAAAAGAAAGAUGCUUCUUUAUUAUAUUAGUAGUAUUUUUUAAAUGCCUACAGCUCGUUUAAUUACGAAAGUUUCAUCGAAAGGCGCUAUAAAAAUCUUUUUCAUAAGUGAUCUAAAUGAACCAACUAUCACUUAAUUCUAACUUUCUUUGUU